AUGCAUUCAUCCAAUUCUCAGCGGAGAAAUCAUCCUCGUUCAUCUCAACAAUUUCAUUCAAGCCAACAGGAUGAAUUGGAACAAAUUGUAUCCUCAGAGGAUGAGAACGAAAUUUACACGACUGCUGAUACCAAUGACAACUCUCAAUAUUCAAAUAAUAAUAGAACCACCAAUCCCGAAUCUAAAUCUUUAUGGAAAAUAUUUUGGUACAUUUGUGUGAGUUUGUUUGGCAGCUAUAUUAUUUUCGGAUCUAGAUUUUCACCCAUUAGAUAUUUAAUAGAAAAAUUAUUUUCUAAAAGAGCCAACAGAGAUGAUACAAAUUCCAUGAAUUUUUCUUCGGCAAAGGAAAACAGCUCUCCUUCAUUCUUUGAUCGAUUAUUUACGAGCCCUUUUUUGAUGACGAUGAGAGAGUGA